AUGGUCAGCACAAUUCUAAACGCUCAGAGACUAGUGCAGCUCGCUGGAUUCCAUCCGAAGCUUAAGAAUGUGUGGUAUUUGAUUGCUGCUACCACAUUCAGUGUGUGUAACGAGCCUCAAGAGCUUCAGAAGCUGUACCAUUUCGCAAUGUUUAACGAUUCUCAUCCUGGCGAAAGUCUGAAGAGCGCCAAGAUGACUAUGGAUCUACUUCAAACUAAUGCGGAAAAGCUGGAAUCGCAAGUGAACGAACUCUAUGAGGAACCGACUGUUUCCCAAAGAAUAAUCACACAGAAGCUCAGAGAAGCGUUGCUGAAAAGCAGCGCUUUGGCUGGAAUACCGAAAUCCAUUAAUAGUCUCCAGUCUUUGAAGCUUGUCACGCCUCGUGAACUAAAGCCUAACACAGAGGAUAUCGACGCCAACAGUAGUAGGCUUUUGGUGGGUACGUUAAGGCCAACGGCGGAAACUGUCGAACAAACUAUCCAACACGGUGUACAUCAUUGGAAUAAAGUAUACAGCAAAGUUUCGAAUAAAGUCGUCAAUAAUCUAAAUUCAUCAUACCCAGACCUCUGGCAAUUUGUGCUGUGCAACGUCUAUGGACCACUCUUAUCGUUUGACGAAAUCCUGAACGCUCAAGAAACUAGUUUGGUAAUAAUUUCUUCCCUGGUACCACAAGAUCUAAACUUACAACUGUGGGGGCAUUUGAAAGGCGCUUUGAAUGUCGGUUGCGAUCAAGAGACUAUAAAUGCUGCAAGAAAUCUAAGCAUAGUAGUAGCAAAAUGGUGUGAAGUACGAUGGAAAUCGGAUGUUGUCAAACUGUGA